UCUUUCUUUUGGUAAUGGCCGCUUCCAGGAAGGUAAAUCUUGCCGUUUCCUCCAUGGGCACGGAAGGGUAAUGCUUUAGGGGUUGGUGCCCGGAACGUCCCAGAUAACUGCUUUGUGAUUCAGAUGGUCCGUUCUUCCUUGACAGCAAUCCUGGGCCUAGUGGAGUCACGUGCUUUCCAAGGAAGUUAGCUCGCGUAGCUUAGUGUUGCUGCUGCACGUGACUCGAAGCAUUUGAUCUGGACGUACAUUAAUCUGCCCGACAGUCUCUCACUGCCGUCAGUGGAUCUCUCGCCGAUGUAAUCGGUUUCGGGUAACAGAGCAAGCUUGGUUUGGGAUGCGUGUUCUCCCUCCCUUCUCCUUUCUUUAGUAGGGCGACCGGAUGGUUUCCAAGACCUCAAAGCUAACUAAAAAAGGAAGGAAAACAGAGUCCCCCAGUUUUUCCUCCAGGGUCAUCUGAUCAGUAAUGACUGGGAACAUGGCUACCACCAGGAAUGCUUCACAGCUCUUCUUGGUAUUUUUCUUGUUGCUUUUUGGCCUGCCUGUGGUGGAAGCUUUGGAUACAGGUGAUGCAUUAGCCUUGUUGCUAGGUGUGGCUCUCAGUUGUAUUGGAUUCUGCGCCUGCCUUGGUCUAUAUGCAAGAAGACAAAAUGGAGAGCAAUGACUUUAAGUCCAAAAUGUCCAGGUCAAGUGGAACUGCCUUGUUGGAUAUUGUUACCGUUAAAGAGAAGUUUCAAGAUGUUCCCCAACUCAUUAAAUCUUUAUUGCCAUGUACUGCUCAAGAAGAAAGACCAUUCCCAAUGGGAAGAUUGUGGAGAAAGCUGCCUCAAGUUCAUAAGAACAUUUUGUAUGUAAUUAAGAUGUUGCCUUAAAAGAGAAUGCUACUGUUUUUCACUUGCAUAAGAAAAAAACACCAAUAUAAGUUAAUUGUUAACUGAGGUGCCAUGGGAAAUGUUGAGGGGGUGGAAGAGGGGAUAUGGUUUGCAUUCAAACUGAUAUACAGAAAAUAUAUGACUAGGGAAACAUAACUAUCCUCCUAAUUAAUUUAGGGACUAUGGGUUUUUUUUCUUCUUCUGAUGAAACAUUUUUCUAUUUAAUUUUUUCCAAAUUAAACCAAAGUAUUUUGUGGUAAGGUCAAGUUGAUGUGUACCAUCAAAUGUUUUGUUGUUUUCAUCUAGUUAUAAUUUCUGGUACAAUUAAUGUUGAAAAGUUGGGCCAUUAUCUCCUUAAAAAUUGCAAAUAUUCUAAUAUAGCAGUAUGUAACCCAGUGCCAUCAAAUGUUUAGAUUGCAACUCCCAUAAACCCUGACCAUCAGACAUUUGAUUUAUCAGAAUUGUAAUCUAAAAUACAGGGCAGAGGGGAGAGAUACCAGGUUUUCCUACUUGUAGAAAUGGUACAGCCAUUCUGACCCAUGCGGGUUUGAAUGUAUAGGAAGCCUAGCUUUUUUUCUAGUAUGCUGUCUACUCAUCCAGUAGAACUUGUAGAAAUGUUCCUCAUAGAUUAAGUUUUAUGACCUUUCAGUUGUUCUACAGAAGAAUUGCUGGGAACAAUGUUUAAAUGACCAAACCUUUUCUAUACAGUAUGUAUCUCCUGACUUGUACUGUUUGCAAGCUUUUUAAUAAAUUGUAAAACUCUCACUAUUUUCAAGGUAUUAAAUGAGGUGAAGGAUUAGUGAAGAAUUAGUGAGAACAAUAGCUUAUUCCUGGUCUUCCAGUGUAACUAAAGAAACUCCACAAAUUAUAUAACAAACAAUAACCUCCAUGUUCUUUUAAUAUGCUCUUUGCUGCUGUGUUCAAUUCACCUAUGAUUGAACCCUUAGAUAUUGAAAAUGUGCCUAAAUUUAACAAGAGCAUUGUUGAAGCUCAUGUUAAACCAAUAUUAUUACCACAAAUCAAGUUUGGUAAUAAGAGAAAUUUAGGAAUUUUCUUAACAUGCAUGUUCGGUCUCAUUGUAAGAGUAUUAUCACAAAUGGUUUAAAAGUUUAAAUAUGGCUAAGAAAGCAGAAAUAUAUUAUUCUAAUUUACUUUAAAGGCAUUUUCCCCAUAGUGCAUACACAAUCGUAUGUCCAUCCUGUGUUGGAGUCUCUGCUGCAGAUAUUUGUCUUAUAUUACAGAAUCUUUUAAGCAUCUUCUAAAAAUGUUUGAUGUCAUUUAGGUAAAUAGCUGCAAGGAAUGUGAUUUUGUAAUAUCUCACAUGGGAUUGAUUCCACCAUGUAAAUCUUUUCUUACACUGGCAAAAUGCUUAAUACUUGUGAUUUUUUAAAAACUUUCUUUUUUAAAAAUUAGAAAGGGUUGGGAGUACUUCAGCGUGAAGUAUUGGUCUCUAGCCAACUUGAAGCAGAUCCAAAGAUAUAUUUAGGACAUAAAGCUGGCAGGCAGCUGGAUGCCAGCACCUGAUUUUGAAGUAUUUCCAGCAGCCUGAAAGAAACCAAGAGAAGAAAGGAUAGAUCCCACUGCCAUUGAUUGGUAAGGUGCUGAGGCAUGUGGAUGGUAGUGAGAUAAGAGGAGUGCCAUGGAGAAACCACAUACUGGGAAGAAGUAGAGGAUGCAGAGCUGAGGACAAUCCAAUAGAAUGAAUAGAAGAAGGUCGAGGAUGUGGUUGGGAACUAUAAAGAGCAAUGGGAUGGUUGGGAUCCCACAGAUGAAACUUGGGAGGGCAUAUAUGUGACUGUAUUUGAAGGGGAGGGGAAAAUAAGAAAGAAGAUGGUGAUUCUAAAGAGAGAAAAUUGUGAUUGUAAUUACAGUAUUAGCUCUUAUGAAUUUUUCCUAGAAGUAGAGGGCGGAGAUACUAAACAUGUUGACUAGAUUUAAAGGAGAAAGUUUGCAUAUUGGAAAUAAGCUUCCACUAUACAAGAUUAUAAAGAGAUGUACCCAUUUCAGCAAGUUAUUGCUUAAUGUUAUCUGUGGUACUUCAAAAUUCCAAAUAUGCCCACAAGUUUGAAAGUUUCUAUUUUUGCAAUACUGUUAGCCAGACUAUUAGAGUACCUCUGGAUUCUGCUACCUGGCAAAUUAGACUUGGGGUGGAGGUGGGGGGUUGUUUGUGCGUGUGAUUUUUUUUUACCCUCUCAAUUUUUCCUGAAAAAAUGUUUCUUAUCUGAAUCACUCAGUUGUGAUAGGAACAUGGAAAUUUUCAAAGGAAAUUAUUGAAAAUGCUUUCUUAUAAAUGAUUUCAAGACAUGAAAUAUUUCUCCUUUUCAGCAACUCCUCCUUGUCAGUAAUACCUAACAAAUAUUACUCCCUUUAAAACAAGUGGUAAACUUGCAUUUUGAAGUUUUCAGAUAUUUUGACAAUAUAAUAUGUGGAGUUGCUUGAAGUAAAAUUCAUUUGGAAUGUUUUCACAUGGACAAUAUUUAGAUUAAGUUUGAAGUUACUCCAUCAAAUCAUAAUACUAAAUUCCAAUCCUCCUCCUUCACUACUGUCUUACUGCAUAUAUUAUAUUGGUAGUUAUGCAGUAUGUGCUUCAUUGUAGUAGUAUGUACAACGUUGGUCAUUGGAAGUACUCAAGAUUUCAAGAUUUAGACCUGCAUCUACGGGAGGCUCAAACUCUGACCCACUUCCACAGGAGGGAAUAUCAUAGCUAUGACAGACACCAAAAUUAAAUUAUUAACAUUAUUGUCAUGUUCUCAUUUUGGACAUGUAGUUUUUGGCUGAUGUUUAAAAUACAAGGAAAUAAAAGUUUUUGAAGUAUA